AUGUUACAGAUAAAUGGACCUUUUUGGGAAGUUCCUCUUGGUAGAAAGGAUGGAAAAAUCUCAUUGGCUUCAGAUGCAGAUACUCUUUUACCAUCUCCAUUUUUCAACUUCUCAAGUCUUAAACAAAACUUUGCAUCAUUGGGUCUAACUACAAAGGAUUUGGUAGUCUUAUUAGGUUCGCACACCAUUGGACAAGGUCACUGCUUCGUCUUUCAGAGCCGACUAUACAACUUCUCGGGACGAGGAGACACAGACCCUUCAUUAUCUCCUAGUUAUGCUGCAUUCUUAAAGACUAAAUGCACGCCAAAUCCAAAUGACACCCAAUCAGUUGUUCCAUUGGAUAGGAUUACACCAAGAGUUUUUGAUGAAAAUUACUACGUUAUGGUAAGCCAAAAUAAAGGGCUAUUCCAUUCUGAUGCAGCCCUUUUGACUAAUCGUGCGACUAAGAGCUAUAUCUACCAACAAAUUAAAACUAAGAGAUCAACUUUUGCUCAAGAUUUUAGUGUGUCUAUGUCUAAGAUGAUCAAACUUGGGGUUCUUACUGGUUAUCAAGGUGAAGUUAGGAAGACAUGUGGUGCUGUCAAUACAUAAACUAUGAUCGUGCUUUCGUCCCUCUCAAAUUGUGAACAAUGAUUUAUUACCUAGGCAAACAAACAACAUUGUAUUAGCAAACUUACAAAGACAUAAAGUAUAUAUUUUGUUAUUGAAUUUUUUUAAUCAUUGAAAUUGAAAUUAAUAAACUUGAAUAUAUUUCUCCUUAUUAGAUAUUCAAAUAUAUAUGUCUAGUAAUUGUUCAUGCCGCC